UAAAGCUGAAGACGAACGUUCACUUCAGAGGAGAGGCAGGCUCUGCUCCCCCACCAAUCAGCAGUCAAACGUUUGGAUCAAUAGGAUCAGGUGUGACAGAGCACCUGUGCUGCGAACCCACGCACAGAUCCAUAAAUAUUACAGAUCAAUGAUUAAAAACGUAAGACGUGGCUCGUAAAAGGCUGAGAUGAACUCAAUUACCCUUUUCUGAUUGACUUACCUGAUUGACUGUUAUUGAUGACUGAUCAUCGAGGGUAAACAUGAAGAAAAUCUGUGACUUUUCAACAUAAAUGAAAACUUUAGCGUUAUGACGUCACAUACAUGAGGGACAGGAAGCGUUUGAUGGUCCGGGGUCUCCUCCUGCUGGACCCAGGACCGAACCGGAAACCAAACACUGACGGGCUUUUAUUUUGUAAAGAGGAAAUGCGGUGUUUUAUUGCGGAGCGCUUCACAGCAGCUCCCUCACGAGGCGGGAUCAGCUGGUGGGAACUGAGUCACCACUUCCCGGAGAGCAGCACCGAGAGAAGCUCACGCCGCCGAUCAGCUCUGAUACCGAGAGCUUCACCUGAGCGCGAGCCCGCGGCUGAACAGACUCUCGUCCUCAGAGCGAGUCCACGGUUGCGGUCCGGUCCAGAGAGCUGACAUGGCUGUCGCAGGCGGAGCAUCCUCCUCUGUCCUCGUGUCUUCAGCAAAGGAAACGGCGGCGCUGAAGGUGAACCCGGCUGACGUCCCUGCCCUGGAGAUCAAACUAGGAGCGCUGGCGGUCCUGCUGUCAGUCACGCUGCUGUUCGGAUUUGCCCCGCUCUGCAUCGUCCGAGGGGCGGGGCGCUUCAGCGUGCAGCCAGAUUUAAGGCGCCUGCUGCUGAGCUUGAUCAGCUGUUUUGCUGGAGGCGUGUUCUUCGCCACCUGCCUGCUGGACCUGCUGCCCGACUACCUGCAGAGCAUCAACGAGGCCUUCAGCAGCGCCGGGAUUAAGCUGCAGUUCCCCCUGCCCGAGUUCAUCGUGGCUAUGGGCUUCUUCCUGGUCCUGGUCCUGGAGCAAAUCAUCCUGGCCUUCAAGGACCAGACGUCGCCGUCCCCGGAGGAACGGCGCUCUCUGCUGGUGGACUCCAGCAUUCAAUCCAACGAUCACCGCCGCCGGGGCUCAGCGGACUCGGACGGUCACUUCCACGUGGACUUUGGUUCUCAGUCCGCCCUGCGCGCCUUCAUCCUGGUCUUCUCGCUGUCGCUGCACUCGGUGUUCGAGGGGCUGGCGGUGGGGCUGCUGGAGGAGGGGCAGGAGGUGCUGGAGAUCUGCCUCGCCCUGAUGAUCCACAAGAGCAUCAUCUCCUUCAGCCUAACCGUGAAGCUGUGUCAGGCCCGGCUGCGUCGCUCCGUGGUGGUCGGCUGCCUGCUGCUGUUCGCCGUCAUGUCGCCGCUGGGCGUCGGCCUGGGCGUCGGCCUCACCGAGACCAAGACAUCGCCGGGGCACCAGCUGGCCCGCUGCACGCUGGAGGGGCUGGCGGCGGGAACCUUCAUCUACAUCACCUUCAUGGAGAUCCUACCGCACGAGCUCGCCGCCGGCAGGAACCGCAUCACCAAGGUGGCCAUGCUGCUGGUGGGCUUUGCCAUGGUGACCGCCGUGCUGUUCAUCAAACUGUAGAGGCAGACGGCGAGAGGGCGAGCUCCGUGUGCGACUUCAGAGACGUCGCAUGGUUCAGAGCUUCAUUAGGAACACGUGUUUAA